AGAGAUCAGGUAUUCUGGUUGCCAAAAAAAAAUCUGAAGUUGUGGAGCUGAGAAAAGGACGGUGCUAAGCUACAACCACCCACUGCCACACCAUGCGCACCCCCAACCCAAAAGAUCCUGCUUUUGCUCACGCUUAUCACCACUCCCAUCUCCAUCCAAAACCAUAAAAAAAACCAGUGCGAGCUGAAGCAUCCAGGCUCUGGAAUCAUCGUCGGGAUGUCUGUGCCAGCAUCAGCCCAGGUGCCUCACACCAUACGAUCUGCUGGGAGCUGCUGCUUCAGGUCGUCGCAUCAACUAUCUGCGCAGAAUCUGGGCCGACAUCGCAGGUGGCGGGGGACCGGAAAGAAGAAGAUCCUUUCCACCCGUGGCGUGCUUGAGUCCAGAAACGGCGCACAUCCUGGUGGCCUUAUGAAGAGAAGGAAGGUCGUGGAGCACAUCAUCCUGCUCAGAGCCAAGCCCAACAUCUCAGACGCUGAAGAGAAAGACAUGCUGGACUACCUAUACACAUCGCAGUACCAGAUGCGAGGGAUACUCGCGGUCUCGCUAGGCCGCAUCGAGGACCCCAACAGCGACAACUUCACGCACGCUGUGUUCAUGCGUUUCCAGCAGAAGCAAGACAUCGCGGAGUUCCAGAGUAACGCGUACUACUCCAAAGUUGUCGACGAGCACGUAAAGCCCGUUUCCUAUAUUUCGAGUCCGAGGUGGAAGACGACAUUAUACCUCUCUUUCGCAGGGGAGAGGUAUGGCCAUGGCCUAAAUCGAUCGAUACCGUUCUUUCUUUUUUCUUUUUCUUUUCUUUUUUUGGCAACAGAAAGAAGAAGAAAAAUGUGGCAGGAUUUUAACUACGGCGUCGAGUUUAUGCUGCUGGUGUCUUUCUUGAAGACUGCGUCUAGAGAGGCAACGGAGGACGCAUUAGCGUCUCUUGACAAGUUGAUCAGCCAAUGCAGCGCUUCUAUUGUGCAGGCAACAUGUGGCUGCUGUUUGGAUCGUCCGGAUAACGGGUACAGUCAUGCUGCAGUAAUCCGUUUCCCAUCAUCUGAUGAGUUGAAGCUGUUCAGGGAGAGCGAGGAGUACAAGGAUAUGUGGGCGUCCAAGUUCCGCCCGAUCGUGGAGAGAUCCCUGCACCUGCACUUCACCGUUGACCCCGUGGGGAACCAGCUGAUGUAGACCAACCGAGUGGUCAUCCCUAUACAUGGGACCAAGAGCAUCUGUACUGUACAGUGUAAAACAGAGAGAUGGGGUAAUAUAGAGGAUACCGAUAGGGUCAACAAGUGCCAGUGCUCGGUUACAUUACAUCACGGCAAAAAAAAAACAAAAAAAACAAGAGAAAAUAGCCUCCCUUGUCGCUCAGGAGCUCAGAUAGAUAGAUAGACAGAUAGAUGCUGAGCACCGACCGAGUUGAGGUCCCUCUUGAGAGUUCAGUUGUGCAGCGGGUUUGACCCCUGCGGCACCCUUCUCUUAGCCUCGGACAGAUCCUGCACCUGCACGACUCGCCUCCAGCCAAGUUUCUGUUGACCGUGCUGCCUGAAAGACGACGUCCCCUCGGCGUCGGAUUCCGGAACCCGUCGGCCGUGGCAGAAGAGGCCUCUCUGCUCUGCUCCCAGGAGCGAGACUGUGAGCACUACUACUACCAUGAGCCUGACCAAGCUUUGUUGCGGCAAUCCCAUGCUUUUUCAGGCAGGGUUUCAACAGCACAAGUUGGAGAUGGCAAGGGACGGUAGUUUGUAAUACAUCACGCACAAGCAACGGAAUAAAGAUUUUAUAUACGCA